AUGGACGUGGAUAGGUCACCGUCAAUCACCCAUGCUCCGUCCGUGGCAGCGACAUCCACCUCAAAAUCCGCUAAAUCUUUGAGCGCAAGUCCUGGGAAGAACUACUCACCUCCGAAAAAGGUAGCUUCAGCUCCAUCGGAGGAUUCUGCGCGCUCUCCAGACCUGAAACGUAACGAAUUGCCCAAGAUCAUCGUAAAGAAGGAGCCAACUUCUCCCGGUCCCCCCUCUCGCCAUCGCCCGGCAAAACUCAACCUUUCCAACGCUCCCAAUACCUCUUCCGGCGCUGCCACUCCGCGCACCGCGAAUGGCAACCUAGCCACUAUUCAAGAUGUCGGCAUGGCUUGCCUUUCCCCAGGAUUUUCUACCCAAGACCCCACAAUGCGGGAGCAACUCCAGCGUAGUAUCUCCGUGCGCGAAGCCCAACGUUCGAUAAUUGAAUCACGGCUCCAUCGUCACGCAAAGCCCAACGCAGAACCAAACUCGAGGGCUGAUCGCGAUGAACCGCCCGCAUCUGCACGUGAUCGUAGUGAUCGGGGGAGUGAUAGGUCUGCCCAUACACCAAGGAGAAGACCCCCAAACAGCUUGACAAUAGUUCCCCCAUCCCAUCGUGCGUUUGCCCAUGAGCGAGUUGUACAAUCGGCCCCUCUACACCAAUCAUUUACAGGCCGACACCACCCCCCACCGCCGUCCCAUCAUAACUCUCAACAACAUCCCCAGAACCAAGAAGUAAAUCGUUUACCUCCCAUUACUGAUGUUGUUUUCGGCCCCAAUCGCCUGGACUCAGCCCGCGGCAUCAGGCCCCAGGAGGAGAACUCUAGCCGACAGUACUAUCCUACCACAAGACCUGCAUACCCAUCGCCAAAUAAUAUGGCGUAUCCCCGACCACGCGAGCAUCGUUCUGCCGAGGAGGCUAUUGCAAAUAUGUCAGGUGGUCGGGAAGAGUUGCUGCCGCGAAUAAUUCACUAUGGAGGGCACCAACCACCCACCCCACCCAGCCCACCACAGGCACCGGCACACACCCCGUCAAAAUUGAUGGUCAAUGGUGUACAAGAGCACCCACCACACUCCAGCGGGACCAAGCGAAGACGAACAAGGGAGGACUAUGGGGAACGAGAUGGUAGCUUUGGAAGCGAGGAUAGCCCAGAUGCGAAACGAAGGAAGAAGGAAGAGUUUUUGUCGUUGUGCGCAAGAGCGUGGGAGUUGUUCCAUUCUUGA